AUGUUGCCAACACAUUUAUUAACUCCAUGCAGUAUGGUACGUCAUCUUUCGUCAGCCAAGUGUUUGGCAGUAAAGGUUGUACAUCUACGGAGUGUUUCGUCAUUUCAAGUUCUCAGCAAUAAACAGGCUGACUUCCUUUCACCUGUACCUUUGAUGUCAACAUUAAGUUUACAUUUUCGGAAGCCCUUUUCCUCCGGAUCUGAGCACUUUAUUUCCAAGGAUAAUUCUAAGGCUGCCCAGAAUAAACCAGUUGCUUUCACAGACUCUGAUCAAUGUCUGCUGUUUGAUGCACCAGGGGUUCUUAUUUCACAACUAACGUUUGCUGAAAGUAAGGCUAUGGCAGAUCAGAAGAAAUGCAGGCUUGUAUACACGCACAGAAACAAGGAUGGGCUCCUGUGCUUCCAGCUGCAGGCCUUGUGGAGUAGCAAGACUUUAGCAGCCUCUAAAAUAACACCUGCAACAAAUGCAGAGACGUCACCAUCCAGGAACAAGCUACAGAAGAGUGCAGUCAAGGAGUUCAGGAUUCACUCCAAAGUUGGUGACAAUGACUUCUCUGUCAAGUUGAACAAGAUGAAGUCGUUACUUCUUAAAGGGAAGCAGUUGAAGGUGCAUGUAGCAGCAUCAAGCGAAGCCAAGAACGGGAAAACAGCUUUGGUGUUAAUCAAACGGUUCACAGAAGAGCUCGGGGAUGUUUGCCAGAUAAAACAAGACUUUGCAAAUGACAAAGAGACCUGCCUAACCUUGAUACCAAAAGAGACAGUGAACCAAUCAGAGACAGUGAACCAAACAGAGACGUAG